GGCGGAGGAUUAUCUGUGCAGCAGCAACCGGAAGGUCACGAACAUUUCCUUCGAACGCGUCACGCCGUCCUCCGUCUUACUGGAGGUUCAUGCCGUCGCCACUGCAGGUGGUCUGCAAGGAAGCAGCAGUGUCGGCCCCGCUCUGGAUGCCUGCGACCGGGAGUUGCGGGUGCGGGUAUUAGGUGGUCUAUGUAUUGAGAGUGGGGCAAAUCACCGCAAUUGCUGUCACGCCACACGGUGGAGUUCUAAGAUCAGCAGGGUUAUCUCUUAGCUGGCGCGGUGGUCCAAUUUUGCAUGACAAACCAAGUUCGGACUUUGCAUGACAGAUCAUGAUCAAGGAGGCGGCGACUUUUGCAUGACAAACCAAGCUCGCGCCGCAGCGGCAAUUCGCAAGAACGCCCGUACGCAUGACAAACACGCGCUUGAGGUGUUGGGAGGAUCUCCUUGGGCGUGACAGCCUGUUGGGUGUGUCGCCCCAUUCUUGGGGUGGAUAAGUCUUCGGGUCGAGCGCAGUUUCCCGCCACCAGGUCGAUGUUAUUGCUGCGCGAGAACCCAGAAAGGAGGCAGAGUUCGAUCCCGGGGCGGACCCCGAGACACGGG